GCAAAGUAAAAGUAUUUGUGGGCUUUGAGUGAAGUCUGCUUCUGAAGCAUCUUCUGCAGCUGAGGCUCUGAAAUCCUGGAGGACACUGCAUCUUCCUCAGGGACACGGACAAGGGGGAGCUGGAGCCUCUGGGGAGCUCAGAAAGGAAUUGCGGCUGGUGGUUGCCUGAGGAACUUGCCUUCACACCAAUGUUGCUCUGAAACGAGUUGUGUCCAACAUUCAGGUUUGGUAAGAUGCCUCAGGAACAGUACACGCACCGGAGCACCAUGCAGAGCUCGGAAGGACCCCAGGUAUACAAAGUGGGGAUUUAUGGCUGGAGGAAGAGAUGCCUCUAUUUCUUUGUGCUGCUCCUAAUGAUUUUAAUCCUGGUGAACCUUGCUAUGACCAUCUGGAUUCUGAAGGUUAUGAACUUCACAAUUGAUGGAAUGGGGAACCUGAGAAUCACGGAAAAGGGUCUAAAGCUCGAAGGAGAUUCAGAAUUCUUGAAACCUCUCUACGCCAAAGAAAUCCGGUCAAGACCAGGCAACCCUCUAUACUUCCAGUCCGCCAGAAAUGUGACAGUGAACAUCCUCAAUGAGAAGACUAAAGUCCUUAGUCGCCUUGUAACAGGUCCCCAAGCAGUGGAAGCACACAGCCAAAAAUUUGAGGUGAAAACCCUCUCUGGAAAAUUGCUGUUUUCUGCAGAUGACAACGAAGUGGUGGUUGGAGCAGAGAGAUUGAGAGUUUUAGGAGCAGAAGGCACAGUGUUCCCUAAAUCUAUAGAAACUCCCAAUGUCAGGGCAGACCCCUUCAAGGAACUAAGACUGGAGUCGCCUACACGCGCGCUGGUGAUGGAGGCUCCAAAAGGCAUCGAGAUCAACGCCGAGGCGGGCAGCUUGAAAGCCACGUGCAGGACAGAGCUCAGGCUGGAAUCCAAAGACGGAGAGAUAACGUUGAAUUCUGCAAAAAUCAAACUACCUAACUUGCCUCAAGGAUCUUCCUCUUCUGCAGGGUCCAGGCAAAAAAUCUACGAGCUCUGUGUGUGUCCCAAUGGGAGGUUAUUUCUGUCUCAGGCAGGCACUGGCUCGACCUGCCAGAUAAAUACAAGCGUCUGCCUUUGAGAGACAAUUUGAGUGGGGCAUCGCAGGCAGCACAAAAGCCAGUUCUGGUCUCACAGAUUGCAGCUGCCAACUAUUUUUACUAGAACACAGAAAGCCUAUCAAAGACUUUUUUUGUGUGUGCGCGCGCGUGUGUGUGAAUAUAUAUAUAUAAAAAUAUAUAUAUAAAAUAUAUAUAUAUCCUCUGUGUUAAAAUGAUGUUUCAGUACAAGGAAUCCCAGGGUGACCCUGUUACAUUUGUGUAGCAUUUCUCUUUCCCAUACCAAAAUUUACUGGUACAAUCUGCUGAAUUGGACUUGAUGCUCCCCUGGACCCUUCUGUAUUAAUAUAGUCUAAUGAUCACCCCUCGUUUUUUGAUCAUGUUCUCAGAGCAAUGGGAUUGCUGGCUGGGCAAGACCCUGGAACCGAUGUAGACCCACCAACAUACAAAGGGAAGAGAAGCAUCUCUGAUUAUUUUUGCACCAUUAAAUCAGUGACGUGGAAAAAAACUAACAAAAAUACCAACAAAAUAGGCAGAUGUGCUGUACCAUCACCUAGAGUGAUCCAAGAUACUGGAGGUUAAAUUACACUCUUUAAUUUUCACCUGAUGCAUAGCUUCCUUUUGGGAGAGAUGGAUUGCAUUUGGCCAGUAGAAAAGUCCAGACCUUCUUGCUGGGAUAAUGAUGUAUUUUUCUGAAGGGGUUUUAGACUUCCCAUUCAGAUGUGACGCAUCAGCUCUAACCCUAACCUAAAGACAUCUCUGUGCUAACAGAACUGGGGUUGCAUUUAGUUCUUGGAAGGAAAAAAAUUGUGAAAGUUGGACAAAACUGAAAAAGCCUGAACCUCCUUAUUUAACAGGUGUCCUGGAUCACCCUACACACUCUCCAUUAGCAUCUUUAAUUUUGAAAAUAUUUGGUGUGAAGGUGCGAAGAUUUAAGAUUUGGACAUUGACUAUAAAUACCUAUAGAAACAGAGAAAAUUACCUGUUCUACCUGUAGAAACAGAGAAAGUCACACAAAUUUGGUGUGUCAUGAAACUGCUAUGUCAGAAUUUUUGUCAUCUUUCCUUUCAGGAUAUGCAGUCCAAGGUCACUUAGAUUUGGUGGAGACUGCAAAUAUCAGAGAUGCUGCCAAUGAAACAGAUGUUUUCAAGGAUUUAUAAGGAUUGUGACAAAGCCAGAUUACUGGAAAGCAACGGCUUUGGAUGCUGGUUCCUCUAGAAUUUGAGACCCAAAAAUUCUGUGGUUGAAUCUCUUCAUGGUGGCAUUUUUCCUUAUUUUAUAGUCUAGGAGUCACUUAUGGGCAAGAUAAAAUGGGAAAUCUGAUCUGGUAACAUUACUUCCACAGUUCAAGUUUUAAAAAAUAAUGAGAAGAGCCCAGAUCAUUCAAUUCUGACCCAUAAUUGCAUCCACAUGCAUGCAAAAAUCCUUGAAAAACAAAUGUACUAAUUACUGCAAAAGUGUCCAAGUCGCAGUAAGUCUCACGAGGACAGCAAGGUUUCUAAGCCACUGAGAUGCUUUUGAAAAUAUUACCUCAUGUGCAAAUAUGAGAGAUCUGUGGCCAUCCCUAGUGAUAACUAAGCAAAGCUGGUAUUCUUCAAGUGAUCAUCAAGAUCAAAUGAAGCUGACAGAAAUAUUUUGAACUAAUUUAGCCCAUUCUUUUUUCACAGAUUUCCACAUAUUUUCUUGUGGUCUGGAGAGUACCAGGGUUUGAUUUUAUUAUUUUUUUUAAUGAACAAUUCUGGCUUAAUCCAAAACUGGCUGGACUCAAAGGAAAGAUUUCUAUGGAGUUUAGAUUAGAUGUGUUGCUGCCUAACAAAGCAGCAGUCCCAUAAAAUUUAUUUCUGAAAGAGGAUUGGAUGAUCUACCUUUAUUUCAGUUAUGCCUUCUGAUUAAUUAACGAAUUCAAACUAUUUGUUAAUGAAUGAUUCCUGUAAUUAUAAUGUCUUGAGCCAACGUUUGAAUGCAAAGGGUCACCCAGGAUAACAAUUGUAUUGGGACACAGGACUAUACCAUCUCUGUUCAAAGAGGGGAAUUGUGCCUAUGCCUUAAGUCAAUGCACUCAGCAAGGAGAAGCACAUCAUAUUUAUCUUGUUAUUAAAACUAGUUUAUUUGGGGGGAGGGACAGGAGGGUGUCUUGGGAACUGGUUGUGCAACUUAAAACAGAUAUUAAUGAAAUGCAUAAAGACUGUAGGGGCACCUAGAGUGAUACAGACUUUUUUUUUUUUUACCAUGUUAAAUAUAGCAAAAUACUGUGUACGUUACCUCUGGGACCACAACCAAAGUCCCAUUCAUAGUCCUACAUUUACUGUGGAGUUUUUUUUCCCUGUUUCAUUUAAUACUGAUCACAAACCUUAUAGCAAGCACGGCCCAAUGCAUAAACAAAUCCCGUGUGAGCAGUUGUGAAGACACGUGCAGCAGGACGAGUACCCUGUACAGAAAGUGAGUGGCAUUAACUUCCCUACCCCUGAGAGUAUUCACACUGGUGAGAAAGGCAAGGACUGCCCCCAAUUUCCAUCUUCCGCUCCCGAGAGGCUCAGUCCUCAUCCCCACGCACCCUCUGGAUGCUCUGCUGAGGACUUCCACCCCAACAAAUUAAUUCUGAGUGGCUGGUUUUCUCAGCUGGGCUUUUGUAUGAGGUUAUCGCCUUCUUGUGCUCUAAGUGACAUCAGCCAUUUAUUUUGGUAUGAAUUUCUGUGGGGGAACUGUUAGGGAACCACCUUACACAUUUGUGCCAUCACUGCAGACGCUUCUCUGAAGUGAACAAAGGGUACCUUAAUUAAGUCUAGGCAAAGGAAUUCGAGUUGCUUCAAUAUAUUUUACAAUCAUGUUUCCAUAUUAAAAAGCGUAAAAUUUUAUGUGGUGUGGAAAGACAAGGAAUUGCUGCUAGAAAGACUGAAUCCAUAUCAAACGACUUGUAAAUCAUUUGAGCCCCACUUGAGUUUUAAGACAACAGUUUAGGUGAUGCUGCCUGCACUUGUGUUGGCCAUAUGAUUAGUCCCCUGCUGUUCAGUGAGUGGUAAACCAGAGAAAACAGGACAAGAUCCUGGGGGAAAAAUCAGGCAUUUUGGUUAAAAAGCAGCAUACAAACAUAUCCAGCUAUCUUGCACUUCCCAGUUUGUUAUUGGGGUUGUGGAGUGAGGGAUUCACCCGUUGGACCAGGCAAAUACGUGAGAGUCCCUUUUCCUCCUGCCUUGCCUGGAAAUCUCUCACAGCUGCUGUAUCUGUAGGGGUUGGGUUUCCCUGAGUCCAUUCAAAUUGGAGCCUCCUUGGCUGGAAUUUCAUCCAUAUGCUCUACUUGCCAUGGAUAAAAUGCCAAAAAAUGAACAAGGGUUGGUGUAUUUUUUUGUGAAUCGGGCCUGGAGUGCAGUUCAAUUGAGCAUUUGCUCUUUGGGGAGAUGGUGUUUAUCUCAAACCGGAGUUCAGUUUUACCUCCCGACGCCAAGGCAAGGCUGGGCUGGAUUUGUUUCUACUGAGCUCAGUGGAAAAGAUGCUGGUGGCUUCACGUCCUGAGCUGGAAGGGGAGCUGGAUCGGUGACAAUUUAGGGCACUGAGGGCAGUGGAUGCCCUGCCAGCCCCUGACCCUUCACUGUGUGCAGGGCUGCAUUGCAGCUGGGAGCACUGAAACCCCGGGGAAAUGCUGAUCAGGGGGCUGUGAUACUAUGUCAGUGUACCCAAGGCCACCAUGAAUACUGCAGUAUUCAUAAAUGCAGUUAUGUAUUGCAACUCUUAACUUCAUAGGGCUCCGAGACCUUGUUAAAUUUGCUUUAAAUACAACGCUUUAGUGAGCAGUCAGGAAAAUGACUGUCAGUUCUUACCUGUACCUUAUCCAUAUGUACUGUAUGACCCUUCUGCUGGCACAGGUGAGUCAGGAUGGUUUUUCUAAAGCAAAAAAGAAGUUGCCAUUAGUAAAGCAGAGAUCCUAAUACUGACUAUACAACUGUAUCUAUUUUCCAAGUUUCUUUGUGGGUUUUUUUUUUGUUGGUUGUUUUUUUUAAAUACACUUUUUGAAGUAUAUUACCCAGUAGUCAGUGAAAUGGGUAGCUUAAGAGUACAAAGAAAUGUUAACACUAAAGGAAGUCAUCAAAAGGGGAAGCCAGUAACUACUAAAAUAUGUAUAAGGCCUCUCCUAGGUAUACAUUUUUAGAAAACUAAGUAUGUGCAGAAGUGAUUUGUAUUUGGUUAUCUCAGUCAUGUGCUGUCAAACAGCUGUAUUUUAAGAGGAUCUUUUUUUUCCUCCUUUAAUCAUAAACAUCACAUUGCACAAAAAAGUUUAAGGCAUAAGCCUAAAAAAAAAAAAUCUGCGAUAUACAGUAUAGCAAAAUGAUGUAUAAAUGAAAAAAAAAAACCCUCCCUGGAAUUUAUUCCAUGGUUGAAAAGAGGUUCCUGUGGAAUUUGUGAAGAUGUCAGGUUAGUUCACACCAUACCUAGUUUGCAAAUACAGAUGUACUUAAAGGAAAUUAGCUUUUGUUGUCCUAAGAUGUGCACACACACAAAUAUAUAUAUACACACACACACAAAGUCACAUAUACUUGUCUACAACAAAAGCCAAUUUUCUUUCUAUCUGUUGUUAUGGCUUUAAGUUUCACAUUGCAAAAGAGAGUGAGACAAAGACCAAAGACUUACAAAAAUUCAUUCCUUCCCUGGUUGCCCUCACACCUGAAAUGCAUUACCUUUAAUGGUGCUUUUUGAAACUGUCAGGAGAAGUACAAGUUUAUCGGAAGCUGCAUUUGAGAGAGUAAAGUGGCAGGAAGACCACUUUUUGUUAAUGGGGAGAAAAGGAAAUAAUGUGAAACACUUUUAGAUGUGUGCAGAGGACAAUGUUGCCUAAGUUUGAAAUGUGAAGAAAUAACCCAGAACGAUAAGACAUCAUCCUGGGCUGAAAGUAUAAAUAAACUGAGUAAAUGCUACUGGCUGUUCACCUACCUGCACUCGAGCGUUAGCAGAUCAGGAACUCCAGGAGCUGCUCCAUGAAGAAGAGUAACUGUGCCGUAAUGAUUUCAUUUUAAAAGUGCAUACAGUAAAAACAAAAAAAAAAGUUAGCGGCUGUGCUCUUUUUUCUAUUUUUUUUAUGGCUGACAUUUUAAAUUUUGAAAUGUCAUCAUCCAGCAUUCACCCCAGCAAGCGCAGGGCGAGCUCCUGCGAAGCCUUGCCAAGCACUGGAUUGGUGCUUUUUGAAUGUGAAAAUACCAGCCAUUUUAUGGCCAUUGCUGUUGAGGAACGCAAUCCUGGCAACGUUUCCGUUUUCCCCAUCUUAACCUUUUUCCUCAGUUCUGAAAUCGGUCUGUAAUAUUUAGGUAGCUGGUGUCCUGCGACACACGGGGCUGGCUGUGUGCAGGUGGGCAGCAGCCCCCAAAUCCCCACCGUGUCUCUUCUGGGUCUUGCAUACCCCCAAAAAUCCAAACCUGCAUGUAGCAGUGGCACUAAGGUGAAACUGGGGACUUUCGGGUAAAUUCUGCACAGCAAUUGCUGUGUUUUCACAGCUGGUGUGAUUGAGUCUACAGCUGUGAGCAGAGCAGGGUUAAAGACGGACGUGGCACUGAUGAGAUUAUUCAAGCAAGAGUGGAGUGAAUUAAACAAGGCAGGUAGGAGGGAGAGGGAAGAAAUGGCAAGAGACAUCACUCUAAUCACAGUAAUGCAGCAAACUUCUUUCUCUGUUUACACUAUUAUACUUUGAAUUAAUAACCUCCAUUUUACUAAAUAUGGUAGCAAUUAUGCUUGAUCUUUCACGGUGCACAGUGGAAUUACUGUCACUGAAACCACUUACAGCUUGGACUGUUCAAGACUGCUAGAGUGUUGUUUCCGUCCACAAUAACCACAGUGGCUUGGGGCUUGGAUGGAAAUUAUAGUGAAUAGCUUCUAUUUAGAAAGCUUUUAAGUCUGCUGUGGUUGAGAAGCCCAUGGUUAUGCAUAUACAGCCCCGAGGCUUUAUCAUUUCAGAUCCUCUUGUCCUGCCACUUGUAUUGUGCCCUCGUGAAAAGCGACACACUUUCUUAAUACUGGAGAAGAUGGAUAUUUAAAGCUGCAGGAUUUUUAUCUGAAGUGAAGAAGAUAAUAUACUCAUAGCGCAGCACCGAGAUUUCCCAUCCAAGUCACUUUAAACUAGACGUGUGAGUCCCUUAAAAAUUAAUUUGCUACAAGUGUAAUUCCUGCGGGAAAGUUAGCGUUGGUGUCACUCCCAGGAAAUGUCUCACCUUAUUACAGCGCGAAGCCACGCGGUUGCUGGGAUUUUCUGCCCCCGGUUGGUAGCGACAGGCUGCCUCUUCAGAGGAAGCCAGAUUUCCUUUGAAGCAACUCGUCUCCAUGGAUGGAGUUUUCGUUAGUUUUUAACCUUUAUUAAAAGAUAGGAAGGCUAUGUCCACUGUGAAGCAAUACGUAAUUGUAUGUUUGUCUCGCAUUUAGUUGGUUUAUUCUUUCUGCCAGCAAGAGAAAAUAUCAGAAAGAGAAAUUCGUGCACAAGUUCUCCAUUUACAUUGUGCUCUGCUACCAAAUGCUUUAGAUAAAAACAUGCAGCCUUAGCUAAACACUCUUUUCUUCUAAGAUUAAAAAGGACUCUCUGGAGCCUUUCAUCAGGUCCUGCCCAAAUGGAAAGUCUCACCAUUUCUAACUUAUUUGCCAUUAUAGGAAUAGGCCUAUUGCAAAGCACAGGUCAUGUGCAGCUUUGCAUGGAACAGAAUUUAAAAUUGCAUUGUACCAUUCAAAAAGCUUAACCACCGAUAGGAGAUAAAGCGUUCCGAAGCCUGCUACUGCUAAAUGCAUUAUCACUUUCUAAAGCAAUGCAGUUUCUUUGGUCUUUUAAAAAUUUCCUCAUAACAGAGUCCUUGAAACAUCUUGAGGCAGGCUUACGUUGGAGAGCAAAAGAAUAAUUAUUUGUGGGUGGUUCUAUUUUUAUCGAAGGCUGGAUCGUAGAUGAAAAAAAUAUUGCUGUUAGAGUUUCUCCCACACUUAGCUGCAAACACCCCCACCCCCCACCACUACAACUAGAUUUCUCUGGGGUAGCUGCCUGUAGAGCAGGGACUGAGCUCCUUUGCUAAGCCAGAGCCUGAUAACUUUGUCUUCAUCUGGGUUCUCCUCUGGGCUUGUGCACUCGGUGUUGGUGCUGUUAUUGAUGCAGUGGAUAAUGAAACACGUCCACAGUAUUAAUGACUUUACUGAUGAUAUGUAUCUGCAGUCUAAGUGGUAUAAAUAACGCUGGUAGUUGCUGGUUGCUGUUCUAACAAGCCUUAGACCAGCUUGAAGGCACCAGCAGUAACUCCAGAAGGUGCAGCUGAGCACCUGCAGGAAGCCUGUGGGGUGGGGGGACCUGAGGGUAGCUUUGCCCUCUCUCGUUUAUCUCCAUCCCAUUGCCAGGUCCUCUUUACUAGAGACAGCAGCAAGGCAUGGUGCCUGGCUUGGGAGGCUGGGCUGGAGCAGUGCAUCAGCACCAUUCACAGCACGGGGAUUUGACUCUGGAGCUGGUGUAAAUCAGGAUUUGGCUCCGUUUAACUCCCUGGUAGCCUACACUGCCUGAGGGUUUGGCCCUCAAGGUUUGUCACCUUCUGUGAAAUCAAAAGGAAGAGUUGGGCUGCUCUGUCUAAACCACAGCCUGGAUGUUCCUGGGGACAGCCAUGGGACACAGACUCCUUGAGCUUCUGGUAUUUCCCUGUCACGUGGGCGCAGAUAAAAAGCUCAAGAUGCUGCCUGCAAAUGGAGGCAUGUUCAUCCAGCUUGGCUCCUCAGCACCACAACAAACCAUGCUGGAGUUCAGUUGGUGGUUUCAUGGGUUACACAUGAAGCAGGAGGUCCCACUGGUAGUAGGACAGGGGUAGGGAGGACUUUCUUGUCCCCUUCUGUGGGUUAUCAGAGCGAACACAGAAGUUAGGAUGAACACGAUCCUGCCCUCGGUCAGCAGAGUAAGAGCACAGCAGAAACCUCAGAAAGAGCAGAUUUGAAAAAUGAUAUGUUUGUUGAAGAAUGGUUCAGUUGACAGCAUUCACACCUGGAUUUCUCCCUAGGUCAGGGCUUUUCCUGAGCUGCGAUCCAGAUCUCAGUCUGGAUCUGCCCUAUGCAGCAGUUAGGGAAUGUGGAAGGGAUUGACCUGCUGGAUCUGACUCAGAUCCCUUUGGGUUUUCGUUUUGGGUAUUUUUGCCCACCCCUUAUUUCAAUUAGUUUCCGUGUGCACGAAUGCCAAUAGACUUGUCGAUAUUAACGCAACAAAUGCUCCACGUAGGUCGAGCCAACAGCAAAACAACAUCGUGCGAGUUGAAGCAAAAGCCCGUUCAUCUACAGCAGUAGCGUAAAAGGCAUGACCCAUGUGCUAUAGCAGUUUUCAUCUGUGAUGGUAAAAUACCUUGUCUGACCUCUACUCUGAUAACCACCAAUGACCUUGAUCGUGUAAACAGGACAAAAUGAAUUUAAAGUCUUACCACAGUUCUCAUUAAGAAAUUCAGAUUUCUUUGGCUUUUUUCUUUUUAAUUUAUGUAUGUGUGUGGUUGUGUGGGAAAAUAUAAAGCUUUUUUGUAUCAAAUAACAUCAAUCCUUGCACACUCUAUGCAAAAUUUUGUAAGCAUUGCAAUAAUGCUAUGAAUUACACAAGGAACUAUUUUAACUUUAUUACACUUUCUGUAUAAAAAAAAUAUUUGUAUUUAAAUGAUUUCAACUGCAAUCUUGUAAAAUAUAUUAAUAAAAUAAUGAU